AACAAACCCGGGUUGACGUUUUUGUUGACAUGUCACCUGCUGACAACCGUUCAUUGAACCGACAAGCCUCUGUCGUUGAUAAAGCGUUUUAAAACUGUUUAAUUUUUUUUACACAAGGAGCCGCAAUACAUUGAAAAUGGAGUUAUCUCCGCUUAUAAAGAAAAUAGGUCAUUCUUUGUUGGAGAUAAGAGCUCGCGCAUUAAAGAACAUCAUUUGUAAGCUGGACCACUCCCUGAUUACUGUCUCCGACAUUGUCCAGGAGAAGAUGCUUUUUGUGUAUCUCCUUGAGUGGUUCAAUUUCCCCGAGGUGCCAAUGCAGCAGGAGGUCCUCGAGUUGCUAUCAACGUUGUCCCAGCAUCCUAGUGCAGCCCAGAUGCUAAGAGACGUUGGGGCGGUGGACUUCCUCACUCAACUGUCUCCUAAUGUGGAACCCAGACUGCGAGCUGUCAUAGAUGGAACCCUGGACCAGCUGUUCCAUCUACCUGAGCUAGUCCCUCAUCAUAUAAUGGCCUACACGCAGGGACAGCGUUCUACAACUCCAACAGAUCGGGUGUCUGCAGUAGCACCUACAGUCGUUCCACCUGAAGACCAUUUUCCUAAAAUGGGCUAUUUCCACAAGACCAUGCCAAGCCAUAUGGAUGUACCAGCUCAGAAGAUAGCAGUACGCGAGUCUGUGAGGUGUCUCAAGUUUUCUGUGUUUCCAUGGCUGACUUUGACAAACACAGACAGACACAUACUUUCAUCCAAUGAGAGUUCUCUAAGGAGCAGUAACGCCAACUUGGUGCGAACCUCAUGUGAACUUCUGUGUGAUGUCAUUAUGCAAGACUUUCCUGCUGAAAUCUUCCUGCAAAGACCGAGUAUUGUACAGAACCUUCUUUCCCUGUUGAGGCUGGGGUCGGGUAAAGGCGAGGCAAGCUACCUCCACUUGCAGGCGCUUUCCUGCCUGCGGCAGCUUUGUGUGGGGCUGAAGAGGAGACUACGCUUUCAUCAGGAUCCAAGCUUUUUCUCUACAAAGCAAGAUCCCGUGUCCCAGAACUCGUCCUUCUCCUACUCCCAGGAAGUGCGUGGGACCCAGCGUUCCCAGGCCUCAUCUCCGGCGGCAGAGUGCUCUCCACGGCCCACUGUGGUGGGCCGCACGGGCCAGAGGGCCAGUGGAGAUGGCCAAGAUGGAGAUGCAGCUUCCACCAGUGCCAGCUCGCACAGAGGGGGAGCAUCAGUCCAGGCCGUCGGGCAGACGCCCCAGUCACCUGCAGACGUGGCCCACUUGGAAAUUUCUGACCUGGGUGAAGAAGAUGUUCUGGAGUUGCAGUUACAGCAGUUCACUUUGGCUCAGUUCACUAUUGCCACCAUGGAACAUGCCAUCCCACUGCUUAAAACAGAGGGUUCGCAUGCGCUCCAUUGUGUUCUGGAGCUGCUGUGUGACGCCGUCCUCCUGCUUGGGGACAGUGUCGGUGAGCUGGUCUGGGACGAUCGCAGCCUGGUGGGGAUGGAGCUGAAGGAGAAGCUGCAAGCCUGCAUGGAACUAUUGGGGGAUAUCCUCAUCUACCAUCAAAGCUAUUCAACAGAUAUUCCCCACAGCUCUCAGGUUCAUCACAGAAUAGCCUACACAGGCAUUGCUGUAUUCACCAUUAAAUUCCUUCAGACCAUCCUCCCUCCUGAAAAGGCUAGUGACAAUCUCCCGGAAAACACAGCAACAGCUAUUUUCCACCUGUGCUUGGACACUUCAUUGGGAAGUUUAUUACCCAGCAUACAAGACACCGCGGUGGCCUACUUGGAGCAGGCGAACUCCGACAGCCAUGACCUCUACAGGAGGGUGAACCGUGCUGCUCUUUGGAUGGAAUCCACUUGUAACUUUCUCAAGGAAGCACAAGCUGAGGGAGAAAAGAACUGGUUGGAGUUGCUGGAGCUGGCAGACCAAGCCAUAGACGGCCUCCCGUUUCACCAGCACUUACCCAUCAUCAAGGAAUGUGUUCACAUCUGCUCUUACCUGUGGAAGUUUGAUCAGCCCAGUCCAUUCCUCCAAACAGAGAGCCAGAAACUUCUCCUCAAGCUGCUGUCCUAUCCGUCACUGCCUGUCAAGAUGGAAACAUACAAACACAUUUUAAACCUGGUCAAGGACUGCCUUGGCAUCCAGAAUGUGUCACGACAGGAAUCGUCAGCCUGCGGUGGAAUCAACUUCCUUAUCCACCACAGGGUACUCUAUGAAAUAAGUGCUUUUGGACUGCAGGAUUCUGCAGAGAAGGUCAACGUCGCUGCCAAGGAUAUCCUGCUGUUCCUGCUCAAAGGACAAUUGAUGAUGACAGCAUCAACCUGGGACAGAUUCAAUGAGGCACUUUACCCGGUCAUGCCCAUAUUACAGGGUUAUGCCAAUACUGAAGAAUCACUGGGAAACUGCGUUCUGCUGAUAAGUGAUAUGUCGGACGUGGCAAGAGACAACGUGUUUCCAAGCACAGCCAAGCUAAAAGCAGCGCUCCGACUUCUUUUUACCAAACAACCCACUGUGAGAAUUGCAGCAGUGCGACACAUCCUGCCCCACUUAACCAGCGACGAUGAUGCUCACACAACCAGACCAGAGCUGGAUCAAACGGUGAUCUCCUCGCUCCCCAACCUCUUCUGCCUCAGAAACACUUUAGACAUCACACUGGACACGAGCAGCAAGUCUGUCCUCAAGGUGGAGUCGGUGGAGAAGCUGUUUUGUAUCCUGUCCUCGGACACUGUUGACAUCUCUCUGAGAAGAUCAGCUGCAGAGCAGCUAUCUGUAGUGCUUCAAGACACGGCAAUGCACCCAGUGCUGAAGAAUCUUGGGAUUACAGACAAAGUAGUCUAUUUCAUUACAGGCAGUGUAAAUGGCAACCAGAGCUUAGAUUGCCUGCUGGAGCCGUGUGUAUGUAUCCUGAGGAAAAUGGUGUAUGCUGAUCCAUCGCUGAGGCACAGUCUGGCACAUCGCAACCGCCUGCUCCUCACACUGCUCAGGGCAUCCUUGAUAUUAAAGGAGAACAAGGGCAAUGGAAGUGACAUCGCUGUCCUGAUGACUUUACUGCUAUUUGAUGAAAUUGCCAGUAUUGAAAUAUGGUCAAACACAUCCAACGCAGAUGUGAGCCUCACACCAUUCUCCCUGCCACUCUCGGUGAUACGCAGGUACAACAUCCCUUUCCAGGCAGCGACGCAUCACGCUGUCAGCCCGUACUGCUGUGUCCUGCCCUCGUCCUCUGACCUCCUGACCCUGGCUCCCGCCCGCCUUGCCCUGCAGGUGGCCUGGAACACUGCAUGGCAUUCUGGGAUAGACAACCUCCUUGAAGAGCUACAUGGCGUCUCUACCGAUGUUACUGAAUUUCAUCCUGACUUGAAGCUAUCAGAAGCACAGGUUGUAUUGUUGCAGGCAGUGCAUCUUCCCACUGCGCUACAGGGCUGCAUCAAGGCCAUCGUCACGGCAGCAGGACACAGCUCGGUGACCUCCGCCCUCUCCAGACUGAGCCUCUAUUUACUGAUUGACCAGCUGGCCCUCCCUCACAUCCCCACCCACAGUAGCAGAAACACCCUUCACUCCCUCAGCUGGCAGGCAGCAGUGACGAGGUUUCUCCAGGUGCGUCCAGCCAGCGUUGAGGAUGAGCGGUUGCUCGUGGCCAUUGUUGCUUUUCUGAAUUCCUACUUCAAACCGAUGCACACAGAUUAUACAUCUGACCCAGAAGACAAGGACCUGCGCUGGAUACUGGAGCUGCUUCUCAACCAGGAGACUGCAUCCAUUCUUAAUUUGCUCCUUGGUGUGGAGACCCAGGCCUCGACUCAGAGCACAGGGGGGCCGGAGGAGCUGAAGAACCACGUGAGCCAGAGGCUGCAGAAAGAACUCACCAGCUUCUUUAACAUCUUGCUGCUCCGACUUACGCAAACCACUGACCGGCUAUGUCUGGCAUUAGCCGGCCCUUUCAAGAGCCAGCUGGCAGUCCGUUUGCUUCAGAGCCUGAGGGUCUCUGAUGCCCCCCGUUUCUAUGGCCUUCCCAGCCUGGAGAGAACACUGCAGGGCAUGGUCAGUCUGACUGCCCAGCCUGGCUGGAGCUCCCACGACUCUGACCUGGAGCCCAUCUUCCUCUGCUCCAAGUAUCUCAGUGGGCUAUUAGAGGUGAUCUCAUCAUUUUAUGUAGAGUGGGGAGGCAACUCCAUGUCUUUCAUGGGGAAAGGUGUGACCAAGAAUGCUGUCAUCUGCUUGCUUCACCUGUCCCAUGAGAUGAUCGUCGAGAACAAGGACAAGGACAUCAUUUCCCAGUGGUCUUUGGGGAACGAGGCAGCUGCUGAGGAGGCCUGUGCCGCUCAGCUUGGUUUGGCCUGGCUCGUCCCGCUAUGGGUCGACCGCGAUCAAGAGGUGAGGUUUGCCAGUCUGGGUUUAGGUGCAGCUCUGUCCUCUGUGCCCAGCGGGUGCCAGGCCCUGUGUGCCAGCUGUCAGAACAUCAGCGGAGGUCUGUGGGGCACGUUGCUCAACAUCCUCCUGGAUCAGCAGGAGAGCAGCAUGGUUCGCAGAGAGGCUGCUUUUAUCCUGCAGAACUUGAUGGUGAUGCCCAUGCCUGCCAACACAGAGGAGGCCAAGGACUCCCACUGGCAGCACCCGUGUGUCCAUGAUGAGGUGUCUGGUGUGUCUCUGGUGGGUCUUCCAGCCCUCCGGGCUCUGCUUUACCACUGUCACUACUUCCAACACGUGGCUCUCUUUGCCUCCAAAUGUUACCGAGGCAGGUACACUUUCCACCUGCAGCCUCAUACUGGCGCUACCUGUGGGCCUCAUCCUCAGGAAAGCAGUUCUCUGAAUUCUGAGAACUCUCUGUGGUUUUGGAGAUGUGACGCCCCUGCACCAACUACCAGCUCCAGCAGACCCUCCAGCUCCCUCUCCACAUCCAGCACCGUGAUAAGAGGUUCAGGACCACACACCCCGAAGGGUCCCUCCCCAUUGGGCGGUGCUGAAGAUUCCCCUGCCAACAGACUGCUGACUCAAGGCCAGAGUGACACAGACGCCAGCGACUCGCUGACCUCCCAAGACUCGCGCCAGGGCGACACCUCAGCCCUGGAACCCGUUGUCAUGGUAACUCCUGACCUCAUGACAGCCCACUGUGGCCUGCUGGCUAACCUGCUGGCCAUCUUGCCAGACUUCACCCUCACCGCCAUCCAACACCACCAGCUCCUCCCAGCGCUGGCCAGUCUGCUGGAUAUCGGGCCUAUUGAGAAAUGUCUGACUGAGCUGAAGACACCCAACAUCCUAUCAGGGGAGAGAGAAGACAUCAGGAUCCAGUUUGCCUCCCUCCUUCAAUUCCUGUCCAGCUUCUCUAAACUGCUGCGGUCAUGUGUCAUGGUGAGGAAGGAGCUGAUUGGCCAGAUGGACUUCCUGAAACAGCUGUUGACGACUUUGGUGGCAGUACUCAUGUUGGACGCCAAAGGAUUAGAUGCAGGUACCCGGGACGUGGUUUGUGCGUGCUGGGCAGACGUGUUUAUGCUCCUGGCUACUCUGGUGAGGAGGGACAGCUCGGCCGCGUACCCAUCUGUCUCCGCUGCGCUGGGGAGACGCUGGCGGACAUUUGCAGGAACAUUAUCAGUGUGUGUGAAUGAGAAGUUCCCGGACCCUCUUCUCCACACAGUGGCUCUGCAGUUUCUCAGUACAAUGUUCACAGUGGAGACAAAGAGUCUGGGAGUAGAGGUCACGACCUCCGACUCUAAACAUGCUCCGGCUUUGUCCGACAUUGUGAUCGGGCCCUCGGCCAGCCAGCUGUGUGAACUGUUACUGCAGAGUUUUGAGAAGAGGACCCUUCAGGACCCUUUGAAGAAGCUGACAGCCAGAGCUCUGAUGGCGCUGUUGGCCUGCAGUCCCGCCGCUCAGAACCACGCAGCCAAAGCGGGUCUCAUUGACAGCAGUGUUGAGCAAAUGAAGCAAAUUUACUCCCAGCUCCUCCUGGAGUCCGUCCAACCCGGAAAGGCUUCCCACCGCAAGAAGCAUCAGGAAGAAGGCUAUUUAAAGGAUGUCAAGCUAACUGUGGAGAUCCUGCGGAAUGCUCUUUACCGCAGCGAUGAAUGCAAAGUGGUGGCCACAGAUGCUCGCCUCACACUUGCACUAUAUGCUCUCUGGCCAUGGCUACUAUUGGAUGACCCCACCAUGGAGGCGGUGCUGGAGCUUCUGUGCGUCUAUACGGCCAACUGCACCACAGCAUGCAGUUGUGUUUGUGGCGGUGGCCCUACCGCGGCCCCAGGAUCUAAAGGCGGCCCUAGUAGCUCUCUGAUGCAGUCGGUCAUGAAGCUGGCCUCGGGGGUCGCCCCGGACAACGGCCCCGUCCAGAAGCUCUCCUUCCGGCUCUUGGCGAACCUCGCCAUGUCCCGCGACUGUCGAUGCCUCCUGCAAAAGAAUAAUUUCCUGCAGGCCUUCCUGUUGGUGCCAAGGCCCAAGGCGGGUGGUGUGAAGGCCACCUCGGUUGGGGGGGGUCUACUGGGCCUGUGGCUGAGGCUGCUGGUCAGCCUCUCAUUCGCAGAGGACGGCCAGCAGAGCAUCUUCAGGGUGACCGGAGCCCUGGAGCUGCUGGCGGACCUGGCGCCACACCGGCACCACGCCCUGCUCACCCUUCACAACCUCUGCUUCUGCCCGGCCAACAAGCCGCACGUCAUCGCCAACGACAAAGCCGUGAAGGUGUUCCUCUGCUGCCUGAACAGCAAAGAGAUGGAAACUCGCUCCAUGGGCGCAUCUGCACUUUGGGCGUUGCUCCAUAACAAUCAGAGGGCAAAGACCACUUUGAAGUGUCCCUCUGUUCGAUUGAGACUUGAGGAGGCGCGUUCCAUCUCCAAGAAGGACGCAGAGAUCAAGCAGGAUCCUUUGAGCGCCUACCUGCUGAAGUGCCUUGAAAACCUCUCCCAGCUGCUAAAUAACUAAUUGUAUUAAAAUAGUUUUUUGUGUAUUAUGUUUUAUAAUGAUCAGAUAUGCAUUAAUUUUGAUAUUAAAGUCCCAUGUGGCAGAUUUUA